UAUAUCGACGCAGUCUGGCGAGCGUGUGUAUACGUAGUCGAGGUAACGAUUACUCGGAUACACACGGCUGGCGCGAGCGACAUGAUUGGAAACUGCGGUCCGCCAUUGUGAUCCCAUUUACGUGAUAUUAGCACGGUGUCAAGCUGCACCGGCGUGCGAAAUUAAUCUCGCGCAGCGACAGAAACCGGCGUUUCUCUGUGUCCGUGGGGACGCAAUCUCUGCCCGUACCGCGUGUAACAAUGUGCCACAGGUUAGCGGAGUUCGGGGACUCCUACAUGAAUUCUAUUCGGUUAGAUUAGAUUAUUUGUUUGUUUGUUUGUUUGUUGCACGAGUAGGGUCGCGCGGGCGCGCGCACGUGCACAUCCGUCGAUAUACCCGCCGACUUCUCGCUCGUCGUGUCACGCUCGUAUCCGUAGUAACGCGACUGGAUAUCAUGGCGCGACGACGAAAUCGUGUUAUUACAUCUGUAAUCCCUCGAGAGGUUGCACCCUGAGCUCUUCCUCCGAAGGAGAGACAGACAGAGGGACAGAGAGAGAGACAGAGAGAGAGAGAGAGAGAGAGAGAGAGAGAUGGCACGUGAACCACCCCACUCCGCGCACUCACGGUCUCGCUGACGUUUCCAAAUAUUCGUAGACAUGCUCGUUGUCUGUAAUUAAACUGGAUUCUGAAGUAUUAUCGGCGCGAUAGACAGAUACAAUCAGCGUAAACGCUGAAUGUUGUGCGUUUUUCUGUGAGCUUCGCAGAUCGUACGCGUGCGUCUCCAACAACUUGCGCAUUUUGCAAUAUUUAUGCAACAGAUUCGGAUCUUUAUGUCUUUUUUUUCUCUCUCUUUCUUUCUUUCUUUCUGUCUCUGUCUCUUUUGCAGCAAUAAUGUUUGAAACCAGAGAUCGAUAGCCGACACGUGAUCUUCGGCAGGUUUAAUCCUCGAUACGAGAACUACGUAAAAUUAGAAUCGUCCGCCGCUUGUGCAUCCCGUCAUACAGUGCGAUUGGAUGACAGUGCGCCAGAUUGGCUUUCGAUUUUAUUGGCGAAUUUUUGUAUAUGUCAGGAAAACAGUGUGGGGCUACAUUGUGUUUGCACAUUCCUCGCUUCGCGUCCUUGUAAACCGUGCUUUUAUUAAAAAUUUGUUGAUCCAUCGCGCACACACCGAUGGUUUUAUUGGUCCGUAUGCGAUUUAUAACGUACUCGUGCAUAUUUAUAGAAGCAAUAUGGCAUUACGGAAAACGGGUCAGUGAAGGAAAAUCGAAAAAACAAAAAACUCGCGCGUUUCGCGAUCGUUUCAGCAAGCGUUUAUUAGACCACCUGAAUAUCGUGUGGUGUUUUUCUUCUCUUCUUUUUUUUUUCUUUUUGAGCAUGUCUACUGUCGUUCAACCCCGUGUGACGUAGCUUUUCGGCCGUGAUAACUGUUAUUUCGGUAUCGCGCGGGAAAAUAUCGACGCCAGACAUUUUCUAGGAGCUGAUCGACGUGUCGACGUUGAAAAAGCGAGUGCACUAGAAUCGACGAGUAUCUUGAAUGCCCGGCGGCAGAGACUUUGGUAUGCAGGAAGGAGCGAGCACGGAUCCGUGUUCUUUCUCUCCUCCCUUCUGCCCCGUUGUCGCUGCUCGGGCGGUCGAGGAAUCGCUCGGCGGGAGUAACGUAUCGGUUCCUUAUCUAUUUAUGUGCGACAGAACUCGAUGCCAAUCUGCCGAAGGGAACGCCGAAACAGCUCCGGGGAGAAGAAAGACGCGGUAAUCGAUUUUCCUGCUGAGCAAAGAGGGUUCUUUGCCCGGCAGGCAAAUCGUUUCCGCUCGUCCAUAUCCAUGCGAGGAAUCUUAUUCGACGGCAAUUCACUGUCGCCGUAGUGACUAUCGGAUUCGAAGCUACCGUCCCUUCGACCGACCAUAGUAUGCACGUACAUACAUUGUACGCGCGCGAGAUCUCCCUUGAAUUGAAGAAGCUUGCGGGGCAUGGCCCAAAUGCGCAAAGAAGAUAUUUCAGAGCAACCGGGAAGAAAAAACUGCGAAUAGCUAGUGAUACAAACUCGAUGAAAUGGCGAUGUGAACACGACGAGAUUAAUCAUUUAUAUGCUCCCCAAGGUACAAUCAAUGUAUUAUUCAGUGAAAUGUGUUAUUACUUAUAACUGGUGGUUUAGUUGUAACAGUCUAGUAAAAUCUCGUUGAAAGGAGUUUACUGCACUGGGGAAAAAUAUAUGAAAAUUUACUUGUGGGACAUAAAGUUUAUUCACAGAAAUCAAUUUUAGAUCUCACAAAAUUUUCAAAUAUUUUCUUCUUAGUACAGUGAAAUCUGACUUUUAUUAGCCAAAAUUGGUAGCAAAUAAGUGGGAGUGUCUUUCACUGAAAAUCACCGAAUAUUCACUGAUCAUCGGUGAAAUGGUCUUUUUUCUGAUUCAAUUAGAAACACUUUUACUUCACUUCAAGAGAGUGCAUAGACAACUUUUAUGCGAGACAGGAAAACCUCAGUCUCUUGAUCUUUGGUAAACUUUUUUAAUUAAACGUGACAUAUUCUCUCCGACUGUUUGCUGUUUGCAUUUGGUUCGAUAGAAUCCACGGGACUAUUCGACGGAACUAUCCAUUCGGUGUAAAACUGCGAAAUGAAAACGAUCGAGUUGCAAAGCGCGAUUUCGAGCGCGUUGUUUGACGAGCAGUCUGUCGUGUACGUGUCCGAGCACGGUCUCGUGUGCACGGCGCGUCGCCGUGUGCGCGAUGUGACAGGCGUGGGGAAACAUUGAUUUUAUAUUAACAUGUAAUAAUAUGACGAAUGCGACGACGCGCACGUGUAUUACGUGCGUGCGACGUCCGAGGCGCACAUGCACGGGGUUCGUGGACACACACCGCGGAUGCAACGGGCUAACCGCAUCGUGGAAUGCCGUCGUAGUGGCGCUCAACUCGCCUCUUUAAUUCGCACGUGCGCUCGCCACCGACUGAUAGCCGACCGGCCGGUUGCUCCCGACGUCACUUAGCGUUAACUUUGAUCGGAUAAGUUUCCUCACACCAUCUACAUCACAGGCGGGACUCUAAUCUUAUAUAGAGAUACGCCGACUCGGUGCUCUCCUUCGAGGCACGGGAAAGAGCACGGUGAUAAAACGCAAAACGCGCGGAGACACCUUGAGAAUUCGCGAUGGUCAUACGGCUGCACGAUCGAGCCGCUAAUUGCACGGCGAUAGCUCAGUUUAUGGUCUGUUUAAGAUCAUCGAGGCAUCGCACCGAAUAAAUAGUCGAAUGCGCAGCUCGGAUCAAAUGUAGGAGUGAGUAGCUAAAAUAUAAAUAUGCUCACUGGAGAUCAAGAUAAAUGGCUCCCAGAGGAAAUGUCAGAUGCUUUGAAUAUUUGCCGAGCAACACGGCCAUUUCUUAUGCAACAGCAAUGAUCGAUUUCUUUAUAAAUGCAACAUCUGCGCUUCGAAGGAUCGAUUCCAACUGCUGGCGCAAUAAUACAGGUUCGUCGCGCGCGAAAGAUCGAGUCCGAUCACGCGGGCAGCGUGAUCAAUCGAUCGAAUCGCUGUGAAAUCGCGCAGCUCGCUCGCGCCGCUGCGCUCGUAAAACCGCCCGGAAACCGACGAGCUUUGUGAGGAGAAAAACUAUUACCUCGCGGCGGUCGUCGCGAACAGGCUGCCUGUCGUGAAUUUUUGCGAGCAUCCGGUCGCGCCGAAUGAUUCAUGACGAAUUGAAUGACUACAAAUAUCUUCAGGCCACCCGCCGUCGUUGAGUAUCCGAAAUUGGCGACUAACUCUAAUUUAUCUCGCAGUUUUCGUGCCAAUAUUAUAUCUCGAGUAAUGAAUAUUGGAGAUUGUUCGAGUCACGAUUAGAUUAGUAUUAAAACAACAUUGUCGAAACAUUUGUGAAUGUACAUGAGGUUGCAAAAUGGAUACAAUACAGUUGAGCACUCACUAGACUGUCAAAACUGAAAGUCAUUACUGACGGAUUUGCCUAUAGUAGUUAUUAUCAUUAUUAUCAUUAUUAUAUUCAUUAUAAUAUUUAGUGUUAUCAAUUAUAUUAUUAAUUAUACUACUAUUGUGUAAGUGUCUGUCCAUAAUGACUUUUGAUUUUAACAAUUGAUGGAGCUCCCAACGUCAUGUGUGUUUUACAGUCCACUGUAUGCAAUUUCGGUUUGUUAAAAUAUUGGAAAAAUUGGUCUUUACAAUGUUUUUCUCAAACAAAAUUUCUUUUGUUGCAAAAUACUAGCAUUGAUAUUUUUAAAGAGGAAUAUGGAUUUUUACGCGCGUUAAUGCGACACAAAAAGAUGGCUCAGAGACUGGGGAGGGCACCCCCCGAUCCUCGAUUUCUACGCAGCCUCGAUCUCGGCUGCUUUCCUUCGGUCAACAUUUAUUAUGUAUGGUCUCGAUAAAUCGUGCCGCGAAAUGGCAAAUUUAUGUGGAAGUGGGCGGUUAAUUUUUCAGUCGACCUUUUCCGAACGUCAACUCGCUUCGAAUACGAUUUGAUACGAUCCUCCGCGAGACGGCGAUGGGCCCUCCCAGAAGGGUCCUCGAGAUACGCUCUCGCUGUUGCUCUUCUCGACUACGAGAGAUCCGACCUACCGGCUAAUUUAUUCUUCACGCGUGAGAGCGACGGAGCGAUUUUCUCUCACGAUUUUCGAUACGCGCGCGCGCAACGCAUUUGUCACUUAUCACCGCCCACGAAAUUCCCGACCGUGUGUGUGAUGCGCGUAUAAUUAGAAUUAAAAGUUCUCGUGCGCCCGUGUGUGUGUUCCGCGCGCACCUGCGCGAAUCCACGUAUAUCGCCGCGAAGGAAGCGGGUAGUUCGUUAACACUAUUCAUCGGGGUCAGCGGCGAGGGGAGAGGGAUGGUCUCGCGAUUUUCAGCGAGGGUCAUGAAUCCGCACGAAUCGUUGAGCGUGUGCCACCCCGGUUAAGUUUAAUCGUGAUGAGCUGCGCAUUCAAUUAGCAGAAGGUAUUCAGCAAUCUCGGAUUAGAACUCGAGCACUCAACGCGGAUGCUGUGUUAAGUGCUCUUGAAAGCACAUUGCCGCGGGAGAGCAUGGUUCGCCUCUAUACGCGCAUAAAAGCGCAGAUGGAGUACCGGGAGCCUCCGCGUCAACUUUCCCGGCGCGCGCAUUAUACCUUCCCAUUUCCCGCUUUUAUUCAAGUUAACGCAAAAAAUACUCGUCGUAUCUCCGAAAUACGGUUUAUUACUCGUUCAAGUCGCGACCGAUCAGCUUACACUCGACGCGACUGAAAUUACAUUUUACGAUAAUCUUGUGUUUCUCAUAUUAAUCGGAUUGAACAUCGGAGGGGGAGGAGACAGAAAAAAAUAGAAGCGCGGCGAUGUCUACCGCCGCGCUUCUGGGGCUCGAGCGAUAAAAUAAUAAAAUGGAUUCUGCAAUGGAUACUAAAUAUUACAGCGACCCUUUUAGUCCGGAGAGGCGCGCGAGCGCGUACACAUAUAUAACAUCGCUUUUGAUUUUUUCUUCUAUUUUAUCAAUUCAAGUGACACUUAAUUUUCAUUGAAGACUUAAAGAAUCCCCGAGAUCGUGGUCGAAGAUCGAGACGCGGGGACAAAUUAAUGAAAAGCGAGCGUCGCCGUGCAUAAUCGAUCAAGUUGACGGAAUCGAGCGGGCACGAUUCGCUGAAACAAUAACAAGCGCGAAGCGUUAUGUUUAAUUCAAUCAGCUCCAAUCGGUCGACUGUGCUGGAAUCGAUCUCGACCACCGUCAGGCGAGGUAGAUACGAGGUAACAACAGGCAUUAUACCGGAUUAGGAAUCGGGCGCUUAACGCGAGCGCUUAGCGUUAAGCGAUCGCGAGGGCGAGAGAGGGAGAAUUACCACGGGAAAACACGAUUCGCUGUAAAUUCCCUCGAGAGAGCUCUACGUGAUAUCUCGACCCUUCCCGCACCCUUCCCUCAUCUCUCGUCUUCAUCUUUUUCUCACCCGCGCGACUGGUUUUGCGCGCGAGCCAAUGGACUCUCGAUUUCGAAGGGAGACCGGACGAGAACCAGAAGAACCAGCUGGCUGGCCGGCCGACCGACCGACCGACCGACCGACCGACCGACACUUGUCUCGUUACGAGAACGCGGUGUCACGUGCAGACGCACAAAGAUGACCCCGUGCCACGAGCAGGAGAAUCCCGACAGCAACGUCCGAUCAUCAGAAUAGAAAGUGGAAUGGAUUUAUCUUGCGAUAUAGCACGCACACAUGCAUUGAUUCCGAAAAUAUCUGGCCGGAAGUUGUCGGUCGAUCGGACGGGGAAGACGUGAGAAACGCUGAAAAGUGAGCUUCGAUGAUAGCAAUUUACGUCAGCGAAUGUACCGAUCCGACGGUUGCGACACGACCUUGGAGCCCGGAUCAGGGCAAGACGCAGGAGAUGACCAAGCUGUGCAACCAUAAGAGGAAACGUCCGCAGCCGGCCGCGGCCGCCAGUCCUGUUGCGUCCUGUACACCGGCGGUCUCAUCGUCGACUUUAUCUUCUGGCCCGACAACGGCCUCGAUUCACGCGAACGCCGACUCGCCCACGUCGCCGGAUAAAACCAGAAAAGAUGGUCUCAGCAAGAAGAAGAAGAGGAAACUAGGAAGCAUAGGCGGCAUUUAUUCCGGCGUCUCGGUUUCGCAACUUCUGGCACAACGGGAGAGAGCUAUUGCCGCAGUCGCGGCAUCUGGAGUUCAAGGUUCACCGGUGCCUAAUGGAUCGCAGGUAUGGCCAAUCGCGAUCCCAAAUCUGCAAGUCCAGCAAAAUGGUCAACAAAUCUGCCAUCAGUCUUUAAAUUCGCCUUCUCAAAAUCAUGAUGUGAAUAAUUGUACAAGAAAUCCUCAACAGAGGUUAAAUCAACACAAUAUGUCAGGCAUGCUGAUGAGUAACCCGCUGAUUAUGAAUCAGCAAGGAACAAACUUCAACAAUAUGACUCAACAGCAACUUCUCCAACAACAACAACAUCAACAAUUAAUUUUGCAACAACAGCAACAACAGCAGUUCAUUCAACAGCAUAUAUCGCAGCAACAGCAGCCGCAACAGCUAUUACCUCAUCAACAACAGCUGCAACACAUGCAAAUUUUACAACAACAACAACAGGAACCACAACAUCAAAAUACGGUAGUGAAUCAGUUGGCACAACAACAGGCUCCUCAUUAUAUCAAUCAAUUAAAUCAGCAGCCGUUGCAUACAAUCCAACAACAGCAGCAACAACAACAGCAACAACACUUGAAUCAGCAGCAGCAACAACAGUUACAUUUACAGCAGAUUCAAAAGCAUAACAUGCAACAACAACAGCAGCAACAGCAUUUACCUCAGGAAAUAGAUCAACAACAAUCGACAAAUUAUAACCCUCAACAUCCCACUGAGAAUUAUGUGCAUCACAUGCAAUCUACACAAGUGCCGAAUCAAACCACUCUCCAUCCACAACUUCACCAGCUUCACCAGCAUCAAAUGCAAUCUCAACAGCAACAACAAAAUCAGCACGCUAUGCAGCCUCAAUCAACGGAUCCCUUCCAAAUGCAAAUCCAACAGUUACAACAACAACAGCAGCAACAACAUCAACAACAACUAUCCCAAGUGUGUAUUCAGCCGCAGUAUUCAAACCAACAGAUGAACCAUCACUCCGUAGACAUCAUGCAACAGCAAUCAGGCUCUGUUAUAACCAACGUCAAUACUACAGACAUUCAAAAUAGGCACAAUCGAGCACCAUCGGUUACCGAUGAAGAUUUAAAUGCAAAACAAUUACAGCAGCAGCAACAACAGCAACAACAACUCUUGUUGCAUAAUCAUUCAAUGCAACGACAUCACGCGGUUCAGAAUGGCGGUUUGCAAAGCAAUCCCCACGAAAAUGUUCAGCGGAUGUACACGCAAAAUCAAGUACAAUAUCCGACUAGGAACUUUGAUCCUUCGAAGGGAACGAAUGCAGAUGGCAAGAUAGGGCAUCAACAGCAAUUCGUUCUGUCCAAUCACGCGGGAAGAAGCCCGAACGCCAGUCACGCCGUUGAGGUGCAGUCUGGUAUGGGACCAAACGGGCAGCCCGGUAACAUGCAUUUCAACAACAGAACACCACCCUGGCAGCAAAAUCGCCCCGCGGUCGCAUCUCAUCAACCGUCUGUCGUCACGGUGCAGAAUAUCAACUGCAACUCGUUUGACCGCGUGCCACCUCUUCAUCAUCACAUUCCACAGGCCUCCACUUGGACUGACGAGGCCGCGCGGAAGAAGGCGAAGCCGACUAAAAUAAUUGUGAAGAAGCAACGCCAGCACGGUAUCGCGGAAUCGAGAACGAACAACGGUUUGGAGCACUCGGUGCCGAGUCCGGUGGAAGAGUACAGCGAGAAGAAUCAGCAGAAUAAUGGUCAGAUAGGUACAACAUUUAAUAACAGCGGUCCUUCGUUCCUAGAGGAUCCCAGCGGAUACCUCGCUCAGCAGACAGCGCUGUUGAAUAGUACGAUAUCGAGGCAGACUGGUGUUAGUAGCUCUCAAGUGGGAUUGAUGAAUAACAAUCCGAAGUUAUCGCCUCAAACCAGUCACGGCAUGCAUGUGCCUAACAGUAACAACGCCUAUCUUCCUCAACCAAAGCCUUCCUCUAUCGCUAGCCCUACGAGUACCUCGUCGUUCACUUCCGUAAAGAAUCACGCGACUUCGCCGGUCGUCGUACAUAGUAGUAUGACGCCGACGUCGAGCAACAGCGGCACGGAUUCCGAGAGUAGUCCUUGUCAAGGUUGCGUCACUAGCGCCGAUACUCAGUCCUAUAUACAGGAUCAGUAUAAGCAGCAGAUGCACCGGCAGUACCUGAUGCACACGGAUCAACGCGAAGAUCCUGUCACGUCGUCGACGUUUGGCGAGAGAUAUCAAACGAGCCAACAGCAGGCUGACUCUAGACCAAUACAAGGCGGUACUGUAAGCACCAGCCACGGAUCUCCUGUCGGCAAUAGUCCCGCGAAUUCGGACACGCCGGCAGCCUCUACGCCCGGCAUCUCGCAACCGGCGACGCCGCAGAGUCUCAUUUCAUCGCAACCAUCGACGCCGCACAGUUACUCGCAACCACCGACUCCUCACUCGCAUGUCUCAGGUCAGAUGCCACCGCAAACGCUAACUCCACAAGCGCAACAACCGUCACAGUCGUUAAUCAGUGGCGGUAUGCAGGAACAAAGGUCCGAAACUCCGUGUUCCGGCACGAUGAGCUCUAGUGGUAUUCCACCUAGUACCUCACCGUCCCAAACAUCCUGCUCUACGCCGGACAAUUUAGCAUCUCAAGUGAAACGGCAAAUAACGACUAGGCAAAAUUCUCUCGACGGCUAUCAACCUCAUCCUCAUACCGUUAAUGUUGUAUCCAGGAUACCUAUGAAUACUUUCGGCGGAGCAUCAUCCGUGAUAACAACCAUGGCGAGCAGUCAUACGGUCAGCAGUAAUACGAUCACAUCGGUCUUAGCGGGAAGGGCAAAUACUGCCACUGUCUCCAUAAACACACCAUCUGCCAUACCGAAUCCCGCUCUACCGAAUCUUCUGCCCAACAAACCACAGCAUCAGGCGCAAUCCACGACAUUGGGGAAUGUGCCGGGUGCAACGGUUACUACUCAUUCCUCUGUCUCACUUAAUCAAUCUUCGACGAUGAGCGUAUCCAAGUCACCGCUCGAGAUGGUCCAAAGUGUCGUCAGUAGCAUACAAGUACCUCAGGCGAGCACGAAUUCGUCAGUGCAGCCACAAACGCACCAGCAACAGCAGCACCAUCAACAGCAGCAACAGCACCAUCAGCAGCAACAACAACAGCAGCAACACCCUCAGGCCAACGUACAAGUUCAUAACGUCCUCACUUCUGGAGGUAUAUUGAAGCAUCCUGCCGGAUCGACGCUACCACCUGGUCAUAUAUUGAUGUCUAGCGGCGGUCAACUCAUAAUGGCGAGCACCGGGUCAGCUAUCAACGGUGUUAUGGCACCUCCACCACCGAAAAUCAUUUCCAAUGCCAAUUCUAUGCCACCAUUGUCGGUAUCGCCGAUGGUUACUAGUGUAACCGGAGCCGUUAGCCAAGUCAUCCCUGCGGUAGGGGUAGCUCAGCAAGUGAUAGGACAACCGACAGUACUCGUGAACACUAUACAGACACCAGUGUUAAUACAACCUGGCGUGAUGACGAUGGAUGGUAUAAGUCAGAACGUGCAGAUACCGCAUCUAACAGUCGCUACCGGUAACGUCAUACAGAACACUCAGUCAAUCCUCGACGCGAAUCAGGACGUGUCGCGAACCGUCGGCGCUAAUCAAGGUAUAGUGAAUCGACAGCCGGCGUUAUUGUCACCCGAAUCGGCAAUGACAAAGAAGAAGUCGUACAAGAAGCGCAAAGCGAAUCCUCAAACCGUGGCGUCUAUGUUACACAUCGCCUCCUCCCAACAGAACGCCGGUAUGCUGAUGCAGUCUCAGUCCAACUUUGCGCAGCAGAACUUUCAGACUCAGAGCAUAGGCGGACCCAUGCUGCAAGCACUCACUAUCGUUCCUGGUAAAGGUGGGGCACCGGCGCAAUUGGUUAUGAAUGGACAGACCGGCGCCGCAUCCGCGCAAUUCAAUGCCCAACAGAUAAUCACGAAUCCUCAACCGGCACAGCAGAUCAAUCUUCUUCAACCGGUGAAUUUGUUGAACGGCGCUACCGGGAUGGUUCAGAAUUUUCCUACUAUUCAGCAGUUCAUUGUGCCCGGUUUAGGUAGCAUGGUCAUGUCAGCUGACGGAACGGCCACGUUGCUGCAGGAUACGGGGAACAUCGGUAUGCAGUUCCAGAUACAAAACGUCAACGGUCAAAACGUACUGACGCCGGUGCAGAGCCACAGCGGCAUAUUCAAUCCGAGUCAAAGCAUAUUGGCUGCUGGUCCAGCCGGUAUGGUGAUACGGGCACCACAAGCAACCAGUGGAAAGAUCAUUCAGCAGCACAGUCCGGGAGCGCAGUUUCUAUCGCCAAAUAGCGGUCAAUUCUUAGUGAACGGAACAACGUCUUUCGGUAAUCAACUGAGCCCGAUAGUGGCGAAUGUCAGUCCGAAUCAGCAGGUGACGUUUAACACCUCGCAAGUGAGACCGCCGAACAUGCAGGGACAGCAAGAGUUUAUACAGAUGAACGGACAAACGCUCAUGGUACCUUGCGGUACCGCGCAGAAUAUCGCCGUUUCCUCAGCGUCGAAUCAGCAAAACACGACCUUCGUCCAGCAAAACACAACGAUCGUGCAGCAACAGACGACCAUGGUCUCCAACAAUCAGAUACCGAAUUUUCAAGGCGCGACUUCUAACGGCGGACAAACUGUUGACCCGUCUCUGAAUCUUGACCACAAUCAGUCGUACAUUCUGAGCUCCGGCAUGAUUCAGGGAAAAACGUCGUCCUCGCCUAAGAGUGGCGUGAAUUCGCCAUCAUCUGAUCAAAACCUGGAGCAACAACAAUAUGUGCUGGCGAGUAGUAGCACAACCGUUGUGGAGAAAACGGCUUCACAGAACGAACAGCACAGUCCACUUAUGGUGAGGCAUUCUGUGUCGACUCAAACCGCCGGGAAUCAAACAAACGUGGCGCAGUCGGCGAUGAUGCGGCAAGGAUCACCUCCCGAUACGACCACACAUAGUCCAGGAAACAGUCAGAGGUCAAACAGUCCGGCCGUGGACACUACUACCCAUGGCGCUGCUUCACCAGCACCUCCCAUCACCGCUAGACAUCACUCGUCGUCCACGCCUAUGGUUCAUUGCGUUUCGAGCAGCGAACCGGACUCGGGCGACGCACAGGUCGCGUCGGAGGAUUGGAGAAUUCAGGGUAUCACCACCAAGGAGAUCACAUUGAAUCAACCGAGUCUACACGGAAAGACCUACGUGGAGUCGACGGUGACCACUGGGAUCCAGGUUGGUACCCACGUAGAGCAGGUCAACCGUCAUCUAACUGUAAUAGACAUGCACCAGCCAGCCGAUACGACACACCCAGAAAACACAUACGCUGACUCACAGGAGCAUAUGGACACAUCAUCACCAAAUCAUUCCAUUAAUUCAGACACAAUGGAUCACUCUACCGUGGAAGAUCAACUGAGCAACAGUAAAGAAAUGACGGACGUUUCCUAUUCGGAGAUCGAGGUCAAUCCGUUGCCAAUGAUAGGUCACGGUCAUUAUCAGCCAAUCCUCUAUCAUAGCCAGCACUAUGUCCCUAAUGCGAACGUUUACCGACAGCAAGCCUUAGUGCCAGAUCAUGCUCAUUACACCAUGUUGCCGCAAGUUAGCAAUAAGCUCGACGACAAACAGUGCGUCGAUACCAAUCGCGUCGGUAAUCAUCAAAUUAUGCAGCAUGUCUUGGAGCAAGAUAAGGUUGAUCAAAAUUUCGAGGAAAAGCCGUUGGAACGGCAUAACAGCGGCGUACCGUAUUGUCCGCAAAAUGUUACCGACUGUCCACAAAAGUUCGUCAACGUUGGCAUCGCGCCGUCCGGCCUCUAUCCGCAUUUGUACAAUUAUAGGUCUGACCCUAAUGGCAUUGCUGUUGUUAAUUAUUCACCUAAUAAGCAAGCCUACAUUAAUCCAUACGUUUACAAUCAAUUCGUAUAUGCGCAAGAAGGUGACGACGCUGAGGAGAGUGAUUCAUCGUCGGAGGAAUAAUCGUAUCUUUCUUUUCCGCGCGCGGGCUCUAAAAUUAAUUGAUUUUGUAAAUGGAUUAUGAAAAUUAGACAUCAGUGGCAUUAUUAGGUUGCGAUCGAAUUACAUUCGAUAAUAUUAAGUUUGUAAUUAGUUUGUAUUUAACGUUAAUGAUUUUCACAUCUUUAUUGUGGCGUGUGAGAGCGUGUACGCUCGUUUUACUCGUAGUGUUAUUAUUUAAAUCCUACAUUGCAAUAAUGUAAUUUGUAUUAUUACUCGUGUGUUGACGGAUUAAUCAGAAAAUUGCUCCCUUUUAUAAUAGCGAAAAAAUAAAUUUUUGCUGAACAAUA